ACCUAACAUAAAUACAAACUGUUAUAAAAUUAGAUGUGUCAACUCAACCAUCUAUAAUCAAACAAUGGGUGUUAUUUCUCGUACAAAACAUCAAAAUUGUUAAAUUAUUCUGCCGUCGAACUUCAAUAUUAAUUGAGAGACAUUAUUGGACAUCAACACAGCCGAAACCUCUACAACUAAGACGUACUGAAAAUGGAAACAUUCACAAACUCUCAUCUUAACCUCCUAUGUUACACGUGUUACAGAAAAAGAUCUUCAAUAUGGCUUCUUUGGUUUGGUUUGUUGACAACCACUUGACCAAACAUUUGUUCAUAAUAAAAGUAGUCGAGGACAUUUAAUUUGAACAGAGAGUUGAUCAUAAAAAAUAUUGAAUAUCUAUAAAUACUCCAAAUUAAUCUAAAAAGUUAAGUACUUAUUGAAACUGUUAAUAGAAGACGAGCAUUGCAAUAAAGAUUAACAUCAUGUUCAAUAAAACAAACGUCAACAUGACGUCAUCAGACUUGACAUCGGAACAAUCAUCUAACCCUGUUCUAAUAACAACAUCAGUUUUCAUACCAAUAUGUACUGCAAUAUUCGUAUUGAAUGUCCUUGCCCUCGCUGUUCUCUUGAAAUCUAAGAAACUGAAGAAAAACAGAUUUUAUCGUUUGACUUUUGUUUUAAGCAUUAGUGACAUCAUUUUUAGUAUCACGUUUGCAUUAGUCAUGAUUACCAACUUACUGCUUAGGAUAAAAGACAUCCGCGUACCGUACUUAUGUACCGGAAGUACUCUGCUGACUUCAUUUACCGUUUUGUUUUCCCUAAUAUUAGUGCUUUUCAUUUGUUUCGAGCGACUGUUGGCAACAUUUCCGAAAGCACAAGCCAACAAAUGGAGUAAUAUUUACAAUUUCCUAAUUGUCGGAUCUCUUGUUGUAACUGGUGCUUACUGUUCUCUGAUCCACGUUUUAUUUGAAGACAAACAAAGCCAUGACUGCGAAGUUACAUCCCUUUUUGGUAACAAUCUGUGGAAGUACCAACUAAGCCUGGGAGUUGUACACUUAAUAAUAUUUAUGAGUAUUUUAAUUGUGUAUGGGCUUGUAGUCCGCAGAAUAUGGAACCGACGCAUUCCGCAAAAAACUAUAAUCAGACAAACGGAAAGGACCCCGUUAAAUUUGACCACCGUUCGACAUAAUAGAAUCAGUCCCAAAAAGAACACUGCAAAUCUAAAACCGAUUGGCGGGAGAGACCAAAGGGGAAGAAAUCAUGCAAAUCGCUCCAUUAACCUUCGCAAUGCCCUGCAUACGCUAGGAUUUAUAAUAGCAGCGAUGGUCGUAAGUACCCUACUUCCGGUUACAGUAAAUUUAAUGUCAGCACUCACUACAGGUGUUGUAAGCCCUCAUGUGCUGGCAUAUGUCAAUGGGCUGUUCUUAAUUAAUCCGCUGUGCGAUCCGAUCAUCUAUGUCCUGCGAAUCAAAGAGUUUCGGAGGUUUAUUUCCUGUUCAAAAUGAAAGUAUCGAUAUUUUUUUCUGUGAAUAUCGGUGUCGGACAAAACAGUAUAUUGAUAUGUGUUGUGGAAUGAAUGACAGUAUAGAUAUCACUGUAUAGUGUGUAUAUUUCAUUAUGACAUUAUACUUUAUAAAUAUGUU